CAGAUGCAUGCGUUCCAUCGACAAGCUCGAUUUCCACUUGCGAUGUCCUCGUCAUCCACGAGCUCGACCUGUGCGUCCCUCGGCGUCGGUGAUCCGACGUGCCUGAGCGACGAUUUGUUGAUGGACAUCCUGGUACGGCUGCCCUUGAGGUCUUUGAUCCGAUGUAACAGCGUCUGCAGAUCCUGGCGUCGACUUAUCUCUGACGGUGGCGGCUACCUCCAGACACGGCUCCCCUUGAUCGCGUCCGCUAUCUUCUACCGCUGCGGUGUCGCCGAGAUCGACGACAAACCGAGCCUCGGCUCCACGCUUCACGUCGCGAACCCGACGACAAGAAGGUGGAUCGAGCUCCCGAAGCCCCGCAGGAGGAGCCAACUCUCAAUACUGGCCUUCGACCCGUGCCACUCUGCGGAGUACAGGGUCGUCUCCUUCACCGGCUGGCUAGCGCAGGGGGCGAAGAUGGAGGUAUUCGCGUCGCAUAGGAGGAGUUGGGUCGAGCACCAGGUGCAAUGGGGACUCCCCUCCGACGCCAUGUCCACCACCAUUCGCUACUUCGACGGCGUCCUCUACAUCCUCGCCUAUCCAGAUCAAGUCGUCGGGAUCGACCUCACCACCAUGGCCUGCCGCAAGAUCGAGUUGCCGGAGGCCACGAAGCAGGAAGGGCGCGUCGGCAGAUCCAGCGGCCGUCUUUGCUACUCCCACAGGGAUGGCGAUCAGCUAAAGAUUUGGGUGCUUGGAGAUCCCAAUGGGGGUGAUCACUCAAAAGCUGGUGCAACGUGUUAG